AUGGCGGCUUAUGCAGCUCUGGUUUCUCUUAUGCAGAUUUUCGAUCAGAUCGAGAAUCAUCCUACCCCUCCAAUUUCAUUGGACAAAAAGCAAGUUGAAACCCUCACUGAAACCGUUAUCUUCUUGCAGGAAUUUCUUGAAGGUUACAAGUCUCCUUUUGCUGACGAAGAUGAAGCAGAUCCAUUGGAGAUGCGCAUAGCAGAUGCAGUUUAUGCAGCUGAAGAUGUCAUCGAAUCUUACAUCGUAGAUCAGAUUCUUCCUGCUGCCCCUAAAGAAACUGUGGAUCAAAUAAUCCCUGCUGCCUCUGAAGAUGAGAUGAAAUGGAUUGGAUCAAAUUAUGGUCAAAAAACCACUUUCGCAAACUUUUAUGAGAGUUUGACGAAGGUGAUAGAAGACAUGGAUUUGAUCAAGAAAGAAGUGAUGGAGAUAAUUCAGCUGCAAUCUGUUGGUUCCUCAACAUCUUCGAAGAUGAUGUUGAGAAACAAUUCUUUGACAUCUUCUCUCCCGAAACUGAGCAGCACAACCAUGGUGGGGUUUGAUGAUAUCAUGCUUCAACUCAUGGAUAAGCUCACUAAUGGAGCACCGGGUCGCCAAGUCAUCCCAAUCACAGGCAUGGGAGGAAUUGGUAAGACCACUCUUGCCAUAAAUGUUUAUGCAAAACCGCUUAUUACUCACCAUUUUGAUAUUUGUGCUUGGGUUACAAUUUCUCAACAAUAUAACUCAAAAGAACUUCUUUGUGAAAUUCUAUCUCAAGCUGAUAAAGAAGAGAAGGGACAAUCGAGUAAUUUAAGUGAAGAUAAAAUAGGAUUAAAACUCCACAAAUGUUUAUCAUAUAAAAGGUAUCUUAUUGUGUUGGAUGAUAUGUGGAGCAUUGAGACAUGGGAGGAGAUACAAUGCUAUUUUCCUGAAUAUGGUAAUGGUAGUCGAAUAAUGGUGACAACUAGGCUAUCAAAUUUGGGAUCUCAAUUGGACAGCAAUUAUGCCCUUGAAAUGAAAUUUAUGGAUAAUGAAAGUAGCUGGAAUAUGUUUUGCAAAAUUGUGUUUGGGGAGGGAAGUUGCCCUUUUGAAUUGGAGAAUAUUGGAAAGACGAUUGUGGAGGGCUGCAGAGGACUUCCAUUGUCAAUUGUUGUCAUGGGAGGUCUUUUGGAAAAACUGGAACCAACAAUUCAUUGUUGGGUAUCUGUUAGAAGAAGCAUAACUUCAUUAGUGAAUUUAGAGAAUGAUAAGCAUUGCUUGAAAAUGCUGAAGUUGAGCUACAACCAUCUGCCAGUUUAUCUUAAGCCAUGCUUUUUAUACAUGGGAAUGUAUGAGGAGGAUAGGAAAAUUCGAGUCUCGACAGUCAUCAAGCUAUGGGUUUCUGAAGGAUUUCUAAAACCAAUAAGGGGCAAGAGUCUGGAGACAGUUGCAAAAGAGUACUUGGUAGAACUUGUUGAUAGAAAUCUAAUUCAUGUUCACGACUUUGGGAAGACCGGAAACAUGAAGUACUUGAAAAUGCAUGAUUUGUUGAGAGACCUUUGCUUGCGAGAAGCUGAAAAUGAGAGGUUUUAUCACGUGGUAGGACAUAGUCCUCAAGAUACUUGUAGCCAACGUCGUGUAGUUAUUCCAAAAAGCACCUCACAGGAAGAAAUCCUUGAUCCCAUGGAAUAUACAGUACAUACCCGUUCCUAUAUAAGUCAACAUAAAAGAGUUCAAGUGUUGCCCAAUUUAAGAUUGUUGAGGACAUUGCUCGCACACGACAGAUGGAGAUCUCCGCCACAAAACUAUUCCCUGAGAAAAAUAUCUAAGUUAGUUAAUUUGAGGCUUCUUGAUGUUCAUUCUACUUGGUACGCCCAACUUCCUUCUUCAAUCAAUCUCCUCUGGAGUCUACAAACAUUAAUUGUUUCUCAUUUCGAAGCAAAGCAGAUUGCACCAUUUGAAAUUUGGAACAUGCCUCAACUUAGGCAUGUUAAUUUGUGGACUCUGUAUGGAAGAUCACAUCUCCUAAAUCCUCCGAGUGAUAGCAUUGUCAUCAUGGAGAAUCUACAAACCCUCGUAGGAGUGAAAAAUUUCAAGUGUGAUGAGAUGAUGGUUCGUAGAAUUCCCAAUAUCAAGAAACUGGGGCUAUCUUAUAUGGGAACUGAGUCUCGUGGUGAAGACUAUUGUGUCAACAACAUCGAACGUCUACAGAAGCUGGAAUCUCUUACAUGCUAUGGGUUUACAAGAGGUGAAUUUUUGCGAAAGCUUACCUUUCCGCACUCUCUGAAGAGUCUAACUAUUACAAUGAUUGAUGGUAGAAUGGAAGAUAUGUUGGAAAAGAUAAGUGCAUUACCACUUCUUCAAAAACUCAAGUUGUCUUAUGGAUAUUUCACAACAGGCAAAUGGGAAACAGUCGAAGGCCAGUUCCUCAGUCUCAAAUAUUUGUCACUUGAACACCUUGAUCAAUUGGAAUGUUGGAUGAUGGAGAGCUCCCACUUUCCAUGUCUAGAGCACAUUCAUCUUAAGUGGAUGUAUUGUUUGGAGGAGAUCCCUAUAGACAUCGGUGAAAUUCCGACACUGAAGUCUGUGGUCUUGGAAUAUUGCAAUGAAUCAGUGGUGGAGAGUGCGAAGAGAAUGGUAGAGGAACAAGAGGAAUUACAAGGAGAAGAACAACUAUCCUUUAAAGUUGAAGUUUGGCUCACUAAGGAGAACAAAGAGCUGCAAAGCUUGGCAAAUCCCAACUUUCAAGUUAUUUGA